AGCUCCCUACUCCAAACUCUCCGUUGACGUCGAUUGUGUGUGUCAGGUUAUGAUCGAGUUCAUCUGAUGUUCUUAGUCCACUCCAAUAUCAAGAUCAUGCUCACUGGAAUCUAACCAGGCGAUUCGAAGUCUUCGGGCUUUGACCAACGAGGUGUCUCUUUAGAGAUGCUUUGCCUCCUUUAAAGCCGAAUGGUCUAAGCUCGUGCGUGCUUCACUGUUGGAAGGACUUCUUUGUAUCUCCCGAAUCAGCCGCCACUUUACUUCGACUCCGUCUCUGCUGAAUCUACUAUGGUUCGGUAUUUAGAUCUGCAGGGCUUCAUAGUUCGUGCUCGUGUACUGAAGCUUUAUAGGCAGGCAUUGAGAACUGCCCGUCGGGCACCUACUCAUGCAAGAGAUGAGCUGAGACAAACUAUGAGGCAGGAGAUAGAGAAGAACCGGUAUUGCGAUGAUAAGCAGAAAAUUCGCUUCCUAAUUAGCGAAGGCUUGCAGAGAUUGAAGGGUCUUGAUGAGAUGCUCGACAUGACGGGCCAUAGCUGAUGCGCUUAUUUGGAUUUGAUGCAUUCUAUCUUCUUUAUAGAACUUUCAGAAACCCAGCAACCUUUCUUUAAAAUGUCAAGAUGGUCAAGGAGACAUUGAGGACACCGAUGCACUCUUAUUAUUUGAGCUUGCAAGAGAUCCUGUUAUAUUCAUCUUCUUGCAUACGAGGUAUAGGCCAUCUUGUUUCACCGAUGAGAAGCAAAUCGAUAGCUCAGGACUGAGCCCUCUUGUGAGCUUCUCACAGCCUCAUUUUACGCAUUAAAUCAAGUAGAGAUGUGUUUGUGAAGCACAAUAACAUUAAAAAAUGGCAAUUUUUUUUGUAUUC